AUGGCAGCCUCGGCUAAACUUGCCUACAACGCGUACCCUCAACGAACCUCCAACAACACGCGCCCGCACCCCAUCUCCACACCAAACUCACAACCUCACCGUGUCGCUAUCCCGAACAGUGUCCCACUGAAAAAGAUGCCCUACAACAACACGCCAAUAGCACCGGCCAAAGAGAUUACCGGCCAUGUCUCUCUUCCACGUAAGCCUCCAUCUUUCUGCUUGUCCUGCCAUUUCCAAGUCACAUGCAUGCUCUCCAUGAGCCUCAACCACCCCUUCUCCCAGCACCACCCUCUCCAACCCCCUACUAACCCCCGCCUCACAGUCGCCCGCGUCCAAAAAAUCAUCACCGCCGACCCCGCCCACCUCACCGUCUCCAAAAACGCCUCCUUCGCCAUUGCCCUAGCCACCGAAAUGUUCAUCCAACACCUCGCAACCACCACCCACAACGUCGUCAAAGCAGAGCGCAAACCCCGUCGAAACAUCCAGUACCGCGACGUUAGCAGCGCAGUCAGCAAAACAGAUAACCUCGAGUUCCUCGUCGACGUCGUGCCCAAGACGACAACCUGGGGCGCCGUGAAGCGCGGCGGCGACGCAGCGCGCAAAGGCCGUGCAGAUGGAGGCAGCAACCGGGCUGGGAAAAGGGGUGCGGGGCUCGCGGAGGCAGAAAAUGGAGAGGGAGAGGACGAUGCAAAUGUGCUACCGAGCAGGGAGAAUCAAACGCUCGAACAACGAAUCGACCAGCACACGUCUGCAUCUGCCUCUGCAUCUGCCGCACUCACAAACGGACAUAAAUCCGACGACGCAAUGGACAUUGACACCCACACCUCCCAUGACCACCACCGUCCCCAAUCCCAACCCCAACCCCACCACCAAAACCCCCCAAUCGACCAGGACGAAACAGAUACAGAAGACGACCCAGCAGCCAUGCAACUCGAAAUGGAAAUGCGCGGACCCCCGCAGCAAAACCAUGUCGUGCAGCCCACGACGCAACAGCCCCAGACACAGACGCACAAUGUCAGAAGGACGUCGGGUUUUACAGCGAUCAACGGGGUGAAGUAG